UACGGCGUCUUCUCUUUAUUUCAGAACGAACUGUUUUCCAAGCAAAUUGCAUCGUGGCUAGUAACAGGCCUACACGUAGAGUAAUACGGAACAAAUAAUGGGGUCGAUACUUCAAGUAAGGACAUCUAUCUCACAUCAACGAUCAAAGGAGAUCCGAGUGUACGAAAGAAUUGUCUUUCUUCUCUUCACUUUUACAUUCACCGCGGUUUUAUGCAGCUCAAUGAAGGAUACAAGCCUGAACAAUUUUGAAACGUAUGAUGGUGAAACUAGACGAAACAUGGAAAUAUUGGAGCCACCUCCAAUGAGCGUUACCACCAAUUAUCCAAGACGCCAUGUCUAUUCAAUAAUUAACAAAAAGAAGCAAGAAAAACCUGACGCAUUUCACAGCUCAUUAAAGAAAAUCAGCUCACAAAAAGAAAUAAAAACUGGAGGUUUGAAUGAAAUUCUGAUUCAAGGGACUGAAGUGACUGUUCAUGAGAAAAACCCUUCUCCGGAUUUCAGAUACGAUGCACAAUCUCUUCAACCGUGGCCUAACAAGUCAGAGCAGGCUGAAAGACGAAACACCGCCGGAGGGCACCGUUUAGACGGAUCAACCAAAACCUCUCCGAUGAAUAGAAUAUCAUCAGCGUCAAUUGACAAACGACUAGCUAAAUCCCACAGAACACAUAAGCCUACUCAUUCACUGAUUUUUAGAAACUUCUUAACAACAAAACGCGAAGAAGAGGCGUUAAUCCCUCUUGAUUCACUAGUUAAGAGACAGGAACCAUUGGACAAUAUAAUUGAAAAUGAGAUUUUGUGGGGUCCUAGAGCAGAAGAACUAGUCCCGCAAGGGUUAGAGAGUGACGCAUGGUCCACGAAAGCGAGAUUGUACUCAAUUUUAAACGUGACAUGUGGAUGUGGAAGAAUGCAGAAUCGACUGGUUAUCACUGAAGAUGGCACAAAAAUGUGCGCGCGUUACCGCAUGAACCAAGACCAGAUCCAGGGUGAAGUAUUUUCCUAUUACCUAAGCAAGGUUCUUGGAAUACAGAAUGCCCCACCAUUGGUUCUCAGCACCGUGGAUUAUGAAAGCCCACAAUGGCGAUCGGUUCGUGGUCAGAUCCAGGACGCCGGAUGGACGGAUGGCAAACUGGUAAUUUUAAGUCAAUGGGUACCGGAUUUAAUACCUGUGUAUGUCCCAAUCGAAUUCCACGAUGAGCGUAAGCAACUACAUCCGAUUAACAUUGUUAACAAAACGUACACGGAAAUAUCAGAGCUCGUCCAAUGGUCGGAUAUGGUAAUAUUUGACUAUUUAACGGCGAAUCUUGAUCGGCUUACAAAUAACAUGUUUAACAAACAAUGGAAUAAUUUAAUCAUGGACAGUCCUGUUCAUAAUCUUGCUAAAUCAAAACAAUCCGGGUUACUUAUUUUUUUCGAUAAUGAAUCCGGGCUACUUCAUAGCUAUCGUCUGCUCGAUAAGUUUGGCAAGUUUCACCAAGAGAUUCUACAGUCACUUUGCAUUUUUCGCGCGAACACAGUAUCAAUCAUAGAAAAAUUAUAUCAUGACGAUAAUAUUUCUGCCAUGAUAAAAGCAGAAUAUGAAUCCAACGAACCGUUACAUACACGAUUAUUUGGCUUACCACACCGUAACAUCGAAAUUCUAAAACAAAGACUUGCAGAUGUCUACAAGCAAAUUCAAUUUUGCAGACGAAAGUUUGACACACCUGCAGAUGUAUGACAAUGGCGAAAUUUUGAUUAUAUUUUAUGAUUAUAAUUUGUAUCUAUUAGUUGGCCUUUAAUUAUGUACAACCACGAUAUAAAUAAAAUACAUAGUAUAUCAUUGUAUUGUAAACGGUAGAGAAGAUAUGUGAAAGAAUUACCCCGAGAUUCGAACCCGGAUCACUCGCUAUAUAAUGCAUGAAGUCCUAAUUGGGGAUUAAAUGAAAUUUCGAAACCAAUUGAUUUUAUAUUCUACAUACAGUAUAUGAUGGUACAUCACUAUUAUUCGUAAAAAAAAAAACAGUGUUGCAGUCAUGAAGAGAAUCUACGUAGUAGACUUAAUUCACUAUUGAACCACUCAAAGAACAGAAUUUAAUAUUUUUUUGCAUAAUUUUGUAAAACGUUUAUAUAAUGUGUAAGUGCAAUAAUAGUAAUAAAUCAAUAUGAGGUCUCUUUAAAUUUGAAAUAGAAAAUUAAU